AUGUGUCAGCUAUUCCCCCAAAGUGCCCAGACCGCCGAGAUGAACCACCACAGCCUGACCUACCAGCACCUGCACCACGACCACUACCACCAGCCCCAGGAGGAGCCCAUGCAGUACUACCACGAGCUCCAGCAACAGAUCCACCAGGACCACACCCACCCGCACCACCUCUACACCAGCUUCCGGCUCAGCUAUGGCUACUCGCCUAUACAGUCGCCGUCCUCCCCAUCAUCGCUGACCAUCCUGCAGAGUCCGUCCUCGGAGGAAAUGCCAGACUACCCCCCAGGUUACACGUGUCUUAAGUCUUCUUCCAGACGCCGGAAACGGAAGUGCCAACAGCAGCAGGUGCAGCAGAGGCAGGCGGCCAACAUGCGGGAGAGGAAGAGGAUGCAAUCUAUCAACGACGCCUUUGAAGGUCUAAGGGCCCACAUCCCCACCCUGCCGUACGAAAAGAGGCUGAGCAAGGUCGACACCCUGCGUCUGGCGAUAGGGUACAUUGGCUUCCUGUCGGAGAUCGUGCAGUCUGAUGUCAGCAGCAAGGAGAGCAUGCACGCGCACGUGCUGGAGCAGCCCAAGAAAGUCAUCAUACAUUGUCACGCUGGAUCUAAUGAAGAGUUUGGGAUCUACGGCCCCCCUCCCCUCACUGGCCACUCCCUGUCAUGGCGUGACGUCAAGCACCCGAAUCUGGGACCCAGGCACACACUGGUGGCCAAAAUCUGGACCCCAGAGGACCCGCGGUCCCACAAGCUUCAGGACUCCGAGUCUUCAGGUAUGCUGCACUCAACCGUCGACUCCACGGAGCUUUAGUGGAACAUGUUCACCACUCAAUCGUCAGAACAGCAGAACUAUGGUGGAACAUGUUCCAUACUCAAUCAUCGACACCACAGAACUAUGGUGGAACAUGUUUCCCAUUCAAUCGUCGAUUCAAUGGAACUAUAGCGAAUGAUGCUCCACAUAACUUUAACGGAACACGUUCCUC